UUUAUCUAGAAAAUAAUGCUGCUAUUUAUUCAACAAGUGAUCGUAGCAUUUGGAAUUAUAACAAUUAAUGAGUAUUUCUGUUUAGGCAUCCCUGGUAACAGAGGACUAAUUCUUGGAAUAUGGAAUCCUGCAAGGAUAGCCACCAUCACAGAAAUACCAAGAGCCCAAGCAAGUUAUUACACAAACGUCUCGACGUCUUUAAAUCCACAAAAUGUGCAGAUAACAAGUAUUACUUCCGAUGAAAAAAAUAAAAAUGUAUUUUUCGCUGUUCAAAACUCAAUAUAUGUAUUUCAAAAGUUCAACAUCUGGCAAAAUGAAUCAAAGUCCAUUACACUCAGUCUCGCAUAUAAAGGAAAAUCUGCAGCAUUUGGUCAAAUAUCGUUUGACUUUGUUUCCAACAAUCUUUACUGGUGUGAUUCACUUCUAAACUGGAUAGCCAUGAAACCAGCGUAUGGGCAUAAUGAUUCAAUACACAGAAUAAUUGUUCAAGAUGACUUAUAUCAGCCUGAAGGACUGGCACUAGAUCCAGACGAUGGAUUGAUGUUCUUUUCUGACAAUGAUCUAAAUCCACGCAUUGAAAAGACCUCCAUGGACGGAAAGAAUAGAACUGUAAUAGUGCACACCAGUCUAAUACGAAUAUUGGCCCUCUCUGUUGACACUGUCAAUGAUUUAUUGUACUGGGCAGAUAAUGGUAGACAAACGGUAGAGGUCAGCCAUUUUGACGGGUCGAAUAGAAGAGUACUUAGAAGGAACAACCAGGUUUCAUUGACAGGGAUUCACUAUCAUCAGAGUAUUUUGCAUGCUGCAAGCGCUGGCUCAAAAAAUAUAUUUGGAUUUGAUGUAACAUCGGGGUCCGUACUCUACAAAUUAACGAUGGCAUCUGCACAACCAUUUGCUGUUCAUGUUUAUGAUGCAGAAACACCAAUCUCGUAUUAUGCUCCUUGUUCAUCCCGAGGAUGUCAGCAUAUGUGUGUCAACACUCCUGCAGAACCCACCUGUCUCUGUGCUGAGGGUUAUCAAUUGUCAACGGAUGGUUCUACAUGCACAGAUCCCUCCUGGUUUCACAACAAAGGGUUCAUUGUUAGCAACGCUACAGCGUUCUCUAUGUUGGAGGCAAACUCUGUCAAUGGAAGAUUAGAGCAGAUUUAUGUCCUGAACGUACCCUUCUCUUUUAUUGAAACGUUUGCUGUAGAUGCCGAAUCAGAUCUUAUCUAUUUUGUGGACAGUGUUAAUAAAACUUUAAAGGAAUUGAACAUCAUCAGUCGAAAAAUUAAAACAUUGGCUUCUAUUGAAAAUGCCAGAGAUUUGAAUUUUGACUGGAUUGCAAAUCUUCUAGAAUGGAUAGAACCUGCACAAUCUACAAUACGAGCAUAUUCUAUAAAUUUAGGGACGACUUCAGUAAUAUAUUCAGGACUUCAGCAACCAACAUCACUAACAGUGGACUCUCAUAAUGGAUACCUGUUUUGGCUUUCUGGAAGGACACAAAUAUCGAUAAUGCGAGGAACGUUGAGUAGAAGUCAGCCAGAAACUAUUGUAGCGUCCGCAAAUCUACACAACCCAAGUUCUCUAUUUUACGACGUCACAAGCAACAGGAUAUACUGGGUAGACAGAUCAAUAAUUAAAAGCUGCAUGACAAAUGGAUCGGAUACUAAAAGCCAUGUUAUCACGUGGGGUGCAACACAGGCGUUUGUAUAUAAGGAUUUCUUUGGUUGGAUCAAUGCAGAUAAGAUUUACUUUACGAGGAAGACAUCAAUUUCUCAAGAGACUAUGCUGAAUAUCAUACAGAACGCUUCACAUGUUUCCAUAUUCGAUUCUUCUCUGGAGAAGGACAGAAGAGGUGGCUGUCAUAUACUGAAUGGUGGCUGUAAGGAUAUUUGUGUUCCUCUAGAAACUGGCCGAAAAUGUGAAUGUGAUAUUGGGCUACAGUUACAAUCAGAUCUGAAAACGUGUGAUAGCAAUGCUUAUUCCACAAAUUUCCUUCUUGUUUCCGAUUAUUCCCACGGUCGAAUCCUUCAGGUUGACAUAAACACAGGAAACAUAGUCAAACUACCAAUAGUUGUGAAAACUCCUCCCGGAAUGACAUUUGAUAAAUUAAGAAUGAAACUCAUCUACUCUGCUCUCUCCUCGAAAACUAUAAUGUCGACCACACUUCAUGGAAAAAACACAUCCUUGGUGUAUGCAACAGGAUUCGCUCAUGCAGAACGUUUGACCAUCGAUUAUUCAACGGGAAACAUUUACUUUACUGCAGAAGGUUCUACUCCCAAUCAAAGCUAUAUUGGAGUUAUACACAGAGCCGCCUUACUUCAUAGGACUUUGUUUUCAAACCUGCAUAGUCCAAGAGACAUUGUGGUAUAUCCGUCAAAAGGCUUUUUGUACUGGACAGAAUUUGGCAAUAGAACAGAGAUUGGUAGAUCAUAUAUGGAUGGAACGUCAAAAGAGUAUAUAGCAACAACAGAUAUUGGAUGGCCAAACGGUCUCGCUAUAGAUUUUGUUUCCAACAGACUAUACUGGACAGAUGGCCUUAAAAAUCGCAUAGAGUACUCAGAUUUAAAUGGUUUAAACAGACAGGUUUUAACAACUGAUAAUGACGCACAUCUAAUGAGUGUUGUGAUUCAUGGACAAUUCUUAUAUUACACUGCGUGGAAUAGACAGCGUAUAACAAAGAUAAAUAAAGCCACAGGUUCUAAAGUCACAUUUAUGACAAAUCACCCAGAGCUUGGUCGACUUGAUAGUUUGGAUAUAUUUACAGGUGAUUCAGUGGAUGUUAAUAGAAUUUGUUCAAAGAAUAACGGAGGAUGCAGUACUUUCUGCUUUCCAACACCAACUGGGAGAACAUGUGGAUGUCAGGAUAAUGUUAAUUUGCAACCAGACCAAAAAACAUGUCAAGGAGUAUCUCGCUGUGAGACCUCCCUACAGAAUGUAAAUUUUCCUGACUGUCUUCCAUAUUCCGGGCAAACUUGUCCAGUUGCGUGCAAAUCCGGAUAUAAGCUUGUUUCCAAUACAUCUGUUACUUGUGAUCAAUCCGGGCAAUGGACUCCAUCCCCAAAUCCUUUCUGCAUGGAAAUAUUCUGCACAUCUGCUAUCGACAAUGCCUUAUUUUCACCGGAAUGCACUCGCAAAGCAGGCGAAUCGUGCACAUUUUCCUGUAAUAAUGGAUUUACCCAAACUACUUCAGAGAACUUGCUUUGUACAAGCAAUGGUACCUGGAACAUGGACACAAAGAAUCUAUGCUUACGUUCUGGUUGUUCCAAAACCAUGAAAAAUGGCCAUUUUAUAAACUGCCGGUCAAGAAUAGGAGAAACCUGUCGAUAUGAAUGCACUAGUCCAUUUAAGGUCAAUCCAUCUGUUCUAAAUGUAACUUGCAACAAAAGUGGCGAUUGGAGCCAUGAUACAAACAAUUUAUGUGUGAGACUAUGUUCAUCGUCAAUCCAGAAUGGAAGACUAGAUAGAGGUUGUGAAAGGAAAAUUGGGAAUAUUUGUUCCUAUACUUGUGAUCCUAAUUAUAGGCCUUCCAUUCCUUCUUCAAAAAUUGUUUGUACCAUGGAUGGUGCAUGGAAUGAAAACACUGGUGAAAUAUGCAAGCCUUCUGGAUGUUCAAAGGCGAUACGAAAUGGUCAACUUAUAAACUGCCAGUCACAUAUCCAAGAAACAUGUCAAUAUAGAUGUUUUAGCCCUUUGGAAAUCAAUCCAUCUGUUCCAAAUAUCACUUGUAAAAAAAAUGGAACAUGGAGUGAUGAUACAAAUAACCUAUGUGUUCAUUUAUGUCCCUCAACUAUUCGGAACGGAAAACUGGAUGAAAGCUGUAUACGAAAUAUUGGGAACAUUUGCUCUUACUCUUGUGACGUCAACUACAGACCCUCUUUGUCCUCUCCAAAUAUUGUCUGCACAUCGGGCUCUACCUGGAACGAGAACACUGAUGGAUUAUGCAAGCCUUCUGGUUGUUCAAAGACAAUACAAAAUGGCAAACUCAUAAAUUGUCAGGCAAACAUCCGAGAAACAUGCCGAUAUGAAUGCAGUGCACUAUUCGAAGUGAAUCCAUUAGCCCAGAAUGUUACGUGUAAUGAAAAUGGAGAGUGGAGUCAUGAUGUUAAAGAUCUAUGUUUUCGAGCAUGUUCUUCUUUUAUCCGGAACGGAAAACUGGAUAAAGGUUGUCAACGAAAAAUUGGGAACAUCUGCUCCUUCUCCUGUGACAAUAACUACAGUUCUUCUCUUCAUUCUUCACGUAUCGUGUGUACAUCGAAUGGAACCUGGAAUGAAAACACUAACGAAUUAUGCAAGCUAAGGUUGUGCUCAUCGACAAUCCCGAGUGGAAAACUGGAUAGAGGUUGUCAAAGGAAAAUAGGGAGCAUUUGUUUCUACACUUGCGACCCUUACUUCCGGUCUUCCGCCCCUUCUUCAAGAAUUGUUUGUACCUUGAAUGGCACGUGGAAUACAAACACUGACGAAUUAUGCAAGCCUGUUGAAUGUUCAAAGAAAAUUCGAAAUGGCGAACUUUUAAACUGUCAAUCAAAUAUCCAAGAAACAUGUCAAUAUAGAUGCUUUAGUCCUUUGGAAAUAAAUCCUUCUGUUCCAAAUAUCACAUGUAAAGAGAAUGGAACAUGGAGUGAUGAUACAAAUAACCUAUGUGUUCAUUUAUGUCCCUCAACUAUUCGGAACGGAAAACUGGAUGAAGGCUGUCAACGAAAUAUUGGGAACAUUUGCACUUACUCUUGUGACGUCAGCUACAGGUCCUCUUUAUCUUCUUCAAGCAUUGUCUGUACAUCGGGCGCCACCUGGAACGAAAACACUGACGGAUUAUGCAAGCCUUCUGGUUGUUCAAAGACGAUACAAAAUGGCAAACUCAUACAUUGCCAGGCAAACAUCCGAGAAUCGUGUCGAUAUGAAUGCAUUGGUCUAUUUGAAGUGAAUUCAUUAGCUCAGAAUGUUACCUGUUAUGAAAAUGGAGAGUGGAGUCAUGACGUAAAAGAUUUAUGUAUACUCGCAUGCCCUUCGAUAAUCCGGAACGGAAAACUGGAUAAAGGUUGUCAACGAAAAAUUGGUAACAUCUGCUCCUUCUCUUGUGACAUCAACUACAGUUCAUCCCUUCAUACUGCAAAUAUUAUCUGUACAUCAAAUGGAACCUGGAAUGAAAACACUAACGAAUUAUGCAAGCCUUCUGGUUGCACAAAGACGAUACAAAAUGGUAAACUCGUUAAUUGUUCGUCGAAUUCCGGAGAGAUAUGUCGCUAUGAAUGCAUCGAUCAUUUUUACAUUAAUCCACUAAUACCAACUAUAACCUGCAAAGUAGGUGGUGAAUGGAACCACGAGACAAACAAUUUAUGUGUAAGGCUAUGUUCAUUAAUUAUCCCUCAUGGAAAAAUAGCGCCAAAGUGCGAGAGAAAAGUAGGAGAUCGUUGUUCAUUCAUUUGUGACAGUAAUUACCAAUCAUGGAUUUCUUCCACAAGUAUUGUUUGUACAUCAGCCAGCACGUGGAAUGAAAAUAUCAAUACAAUAUGCAAAAGAAUAACGUGCCCGCUUCAAAUACCUGAUGGUUAUUUGUCCUCGCAUUGCAAUGGGAAUAUCGGAGAAAUAUGUGAGGUUGGUUGCCGGAAUGAAUCCAAUGCAACCUCUGUACAGAUAAUAUGUACAUCAGUUGGAUCCUGGAACGAAGAUAUAAACAUCAUAUGUACACAAUUUACUCGGAACAUUUCCUCACACCACGUAACUGGAAACAGCUUUGAGACAUAUGUCUUCAUUGGAGCAGCGGUUGCAGGGUUUCUUAUUAUUGCCAUUGUUGUUACAGUUUGUUUCUUAAAGAAAAGAAAUUCCAAUGGGUAUAAAUAUGCUCAAGCACAGGAUGAACCACAAGAAAUGUUUCUUAAUCCUUUGUAUAACCUAAAAUAUCUUCCUGUGGACAGAGGACUCCUUAUUGGAAUGGGGAACCCCGCAUCGCUAGUCACCAUCACAAACGUACCUGGAUCUCAUACAAAAUUUAUAGAUAAUGUCACGCAGUUAGUGGAACCCCCAAAUAUUCGGAUAUAUAGCAUUACGUCUGAUGAUCGAAAUAAAGUAGUUUUUCUCGCUGUUCAUGACGCUAUUUUCGCGAUUCAAAACUAUACAAUUCCGCCAAAAAAAUCAAGAUCUAUCAAAUCUGAAUCUAUUAAUGUUGCUUUCAAAGGAAAAUCUGCGGCUCAAGGUCAAAUUGCCUUUGACUAUGUUUCUAAUAAUUUGUACUGGUGUGACUCGCUUUUUAACUGGAUAGGCAUGAAGCCAGCAUACGACCAUAUUAGAUCUUCAUACAAAAUCGUUGUUCAAGAAGACCUGUCUCAGCCGGAGGGAUUGACACUAGAUCCUGAAGAUGGCCUGAUGUUCUUCUCUGACAAUGAUGCGAAUCCACGCAUUGAGAAGGCCUCGAUGGAUGGAAGUGAUAGAACAGUGAUAGUUUACACCGGUCUGUUACGAGUUCUAUCCCUGACUGUUGACACAGACAAUAAUUUACUGUUUUGGGCAGACGUUAACAGACACACUCUUGAGGUCAGCAACUAUGAUGGAUCAAGUCGAAGAGUAAUAAGACGUCAGAGACAAGUCUUGUUGAAUAGUGUCGUUUACCAUCGGAAUAUACUACAUGUGGUUAGCUCGAGCGCUAAGUUGAUUCUUGGAUAUGACGUUACAGUUGGGUCUUUAAUGUACGAUAUAAACACAGCAAAAGAACCAUUUACAAUUCAUGUCUACGAUGCAAAUUCAUUAAAAUCACAUGAAGACACUUGCGCUUCACGAAGUUGUCAAUAUACAUGUGUAAGCAUUCCUUCGGGAAACAAAUGCCUCUGUGCUGAGGGUUAUAAAUUAUUAACGGACGGUUUUACAUGCAAAGAACACUCGUCUCUCUAUGAGAGAGGAUUCGUAAUUAGCAACGCCACAUUAUUUACCAUGUUGGAAGCACAUGUUUUCAAUGGAAUAAAAUCCAUAGUAAAAGGCAUUCGAAUAUCAACAGCUAAUAUCACAACAUUUGCUGUUGACGCUAAUUCUCGUGUCAUCUACUUUGUGGACAGUCGUAGAAGAUUAAGGAAAGUAGACAUCAUAACAAGGAACUUUCAAACCUUAGCUUCCAUUGGAAGUGUUUCAGAUCUAAAUUUUAACUGGAUUGCUAAUAUUCUUAUAUGGAUUGAGCCAACAGGGUCAAGUAUACAAACAUACUCAAUUAAUUCUGGUUCAACUACAACAAUAUAUGGCGGACUUCCGCAGCCAGUUUCAUUAACAGUGGACCCAUACAAGGGAUUUCUUUUUUGGUUCUCGGGAAAAGUACAAAAAUCUAUUAUGAGAGGAAGCCUGAGUCGAAAUUUUCCAGAAGCUAUUGUGUCCCCUCCAAAACUAAGCAGUCCAAUUUCUCUUCAUUACGAUACCACAAGCAGAAGAAUAUAUUGGCUUGAUACUACGACUAUUAAAAGCAGUUUGACCGAUGGAUCCAACAUUAAAAGCCACGUUACUACAUUGGGUGCAAUUCAAAUAUUCAUGUACAAGGAUUUCUUUGGUUGGAUGGACGAGAACAGUUUAAACUUUGCAAGAAAAUCAAAAAAUUCCUCUGAGCAUGUAUUGGAUAUGCCUAUAGAAAAUCCCAAAGAAAUUGUCAUAUAUGAUUCUUCUUUACAAAGGGAUAAAAAUGGUGUUUGCAAUGUCCGGAAUGGUGACUGUGAAGAUAUUUGUGUGCCGAUACAAAGUGGGCGAAAAUGUGAAUGUGAUUUUGGCCUACAUCUUCAAACCGAUUUGAAAACUUGUGCUAGCGAUGUUUAUUCGAGGAAUUUCUUGAUUGUGAUUGAUAACUCCCAUGGAAGGAUCCUUCAGAUUGACAUAAAUACCGGCAUUAUAGUUAAAUUACCAAUCAGUGUAAAGAAUUCUCCAGGAAUUGCAUUCGAUAGGUCAACAAAGGAACUUAUCUACUCCAAUGCCUCGGAUAACACUAUUAUGUCAAUAACGCUUCAUGGAAGGAAUAAAACAUUGGUCCAUGCAACUGGACACGCUUAUGCUGAUCGUUUAACCAUUGACUAUUCAACGGGAAAUAUAUACUAUUCCGCCGUGGCCCCUAUCCCGAGUCAAAGUUUUAUUGGAGUUGUGCAUAGAAAAACUUCUCUACAUAAAACUUUGUUGUCCAACUUGCACAGACCAAAAGAUAUCGUUCUAUAUCCAUCAAAAGGAUAUUUAUACUGGACAGAAAUAGGAAGUAGCAAAGAAAUUAGCAGAUCAUAUAUGGACGGAAAAUCACAAACCUACAUUGCAACAACAAAUAUUGGAGCUCCAACUGGUCUUGCAAUUGACUUUAAUUCCAACAGACUUUACUGGACAGAUGCAUCUAAAGGUCAUCUAGAGUACUCUGACUUGAAUGGAGAAAACAGACACGUUUUAACAACAGAUAAAGACUCAUUUCCCAUGGGACUCGUUGUUCUCGGACAAUAUCUCUAUUACAUAGCGUCAAAUAGACAAGGCGUAACAAAGAUAAACAAAACAACGGGUUCAAAGGUGAAAUUUAUGUCAAACCAUCCAGAGCUGGGGGUGCUUGGUAGUAUUGAUGUAUAUACAGAUGAUUCAGUUGAUGUGAGUUUGAGUUGCUCCAUCAAUAACGGUAAUUGUAGUGCCUUCUGCUUUCCAACACCAAAUGGAAGGACCUGUGGUUGUGAAGACGGUGUACAUCUAUUAUCAGAUCAAACGACGUGUCAAGGAGGAAACACAUCCUCACAACACACCAACGAAGAAAGUUUUGGAAUAUACAAUACGUAUUUCGUCAUUGGGUCAUCACUUGCAGCCAUCGCUGGAAUCAUUUUUGCUGUAGCUCUUGCAAUAGCGUGCUUCCUCAAAAGAAGAAUUACUUCUCGCGAUUCGUACCAGACAUCACCGGUGCAUGCUGGACACAAUUAUUCGAUCAUCAGAUAUCGUCGAAAUUUGGCCGGAAGCUACAGUGAAGAGGGACAAGAAGCUACUGAAUACGUAACCAUCGAUGACAAUGCCAUAACGGAAUAUGUGGAACCAAUAGAGGACCCGUACCUUUACCCUGUGUAUAGCUACUAAACUGUGCUACUCAUCUCAAGAAAAGAACUUAUAAGUGGACAAAUAUUUGGUUUAAAAUUUUACAUUGAUUUAAUAUAUCAUUAUUGUAUCCCCACUUAACAUUCGUUAUGUUGUACAUUUGUAACUGAAUAAAUAAGCAAUUGACUUUUUUCCAGUACGGCUUUAGGGUCUUCCGUAAUCAGUAUUAAUUAUUAUGAAGGUCAACUGAUACCUGAUGAAGAAAAACAAACAACUUUUACCUUUAUUUUUGUAAAUAUACACUGUACUUUGCUUAUCAUUAACUGUUUUAUUAUAUGUUUCAAUGAUAAAUUGAUACAACCCAAUUACUUGCAUUUGCCGAUGUCCUAGUCAAUUUCAGAGAGAGAAGCAGAGUUACAAUGUUAAUAAACAUUACCAGUGCAUAUUAAUUGGAAAUUUUAA